GCGGGGCCACAGCUCCCAUGCGCUCCUCAGCCUGUUUCAAGGUUCUCUUUCUCUUGGACACAUGGAGACAACCUGAGCCUCCGGGAUCUGGACUGAAACAACCGUGAUUUUUUAAAAAAAGAAAAAAAAAAAGAGAAGAAAAGAGAAUAAAAGAGAAGAGAAGAACAAACUACCACGCCUAAAUCAAGUCUGAUUUCCCUCCCGGACUAUUCAUCUCAGGAGAGCGAGAGAUGGAGAACGGGACGUCCGAUGAUGUGGAGGCGCUGUGGGAGAAGGUGGAGAGCAAACGCUACGACCUGUGUCGCAUCAUCUCGCCGUCGAAGCUGACGCCUUACCUCCGCCAGUGCAAAGUCCUGGACGAACAGGACGAGGAUGAGAUCCUCAACUCCAUGCUGCUGGUCGCCAAAGCAAACCGCACAAGUCGUCUGCUGGACAUCCUCCACACUAAAGGGGAGCGGGGUUAUGUGGCGUUUCUGGAGAGUCUGGAGUUUUACUACCCCGACCUGUACAAGCUGGUGACGGGGAAGGAUCCAACACGACGCUUCUCCACCAUCGUAGUGGAGGAAGGCCACGAGGGCCUGACGCAGUUCCUGAUGAACGAGGUGGUGAAGCUGCAGCAGCAGUCCAAAGUCAAGACCCUGCAGCACGUGGAGCUCAGCAGGAAGAAUUGCACGCUGGAGGACGAGCAGAAGAAGCUACGGCUGGCCAAUCAGGAGCUGCAGGCCAUCCAGCAGAGAUACAACAAGCUGAAGGAAGAGAGAAACACCUACAGUGACGAGCUGCAGAGAGUCAAGGACGAAAACUACAAACUGGCCAUGAGGUACGCGGCGCUGAGCGAGGAGAAGAACAUGGCGGUGAUGAGGAGCCGAGACCUGCAGUUAGAGAUCGACCAGCUGAAGCACCGGCUGAACAAGGUGGAGGAGGAGUGCAAGAUGGAGAGGAGGCAGAGUCUCAAGCUGAAGAACGACAUCGAGAACCGGCCGAAGAGAGAGCAGAUCUUUGAGCUGGAGCGAGAGAACGAGAUGCUCAAGAUCAAGCUACAGGAUCUACAGUCCAUCAUACAGCCCGGCCCCCUACCCGCAUCAGACAAGGCCAUCCUUGAUAUUUUGGAGCAUGACAGACAGGAAGCGCUAGAAGACAGACAGGAUCUGGUCAACCGCCUCUACAACCUACAUGAAGAAGUCAGACAGGCAGAGGAACUACGAGAUAAGUAUCUAGAGGAGAAGGAGGAUCUGGAACUGAAGUGCUCUACGCUGCAGAAAGACUGUGAGAUGUAUCACAACCGCAUGGACACCAUCACCAUCCAGCUGGAAGAGGUGGAGAAGGAGAGGGACCAGGCGUUUCGAGCCAGAGACGAGGCCCAGCACCAGUUCUCCCAGUGUCUGAUUGACAAGGACAAAUAUCGCAAACAGAUCAGAGAGCUGGAGGAGAAGAGCGACGAGCUCCAGAUCGAGAUCGUACGCAAAGAGGCCAGGCUGGUCACGCUGGAGUCUCGUCUGCGGCGGGUGUCCAAGGACAUCGUUCUGGACCAGACUCUGCCGAGGGACCUGCCGCCGACCAUCAUCUCUCAGGGGGAGGAGUUUAAACCUGCCCACGGCCAAUCAGAAUGGUCCAGCGAUGAGUCGCCGGAGGAGAAGUUCUUACCGGAGGAGCCUCGCCUCAAACGCAGACCUAACCUUAAAGCAGGGAUCAGAGUUAAGUCUCCAAUCUGUGUGCCCAAAGACAGUCACGUGAACUCAGAGGUCGCUCCGCCUGCAGUCAACGGAGGAGAUUUCCUGGAGAUCCAGAUGUCAAACCAACGUUUCAACUGCAACUCCCUCCCUCCCUCCCCCAGCUUCCCCAUGUCCCCCACAUAUCCUCCCAGCUCGGCUCCCCCGCUCUCCUCCUCCUGCCCCUUUCCCUCACAGCUUCCUUUCUCGGCGAUGGAGCUGGGCGACAGGCCCAACAUGCUGCGUUACCGUAACGACAGCAUCCUGUCCACGCUCCCUGAGCCACCUGAGACGGGAUCGCUGUAUCGCAGAGAGAAGGAGAAGGAACACGACUUCCACCCUCGCAGUCUCUUGGACUUUGACAGUGACAACAUGGAAAUGGAGUUUGGCGACGAAGAGCGCGGUCCUCCUUCGGUCCACUCGUCUUCCUCCUCCCAUCCGUCUGAAGGAAUGGACAGCUACGACCUGGAGCAGGUCAACAGCAUCUUCAGGAAACUCUCCUUGGAGAGGCCGUUCCGUCCGUCUCUGUCCUCCUUCUCGAGGAUCAGCUCGUCCCUGAAGCCGGUGCAGGAGCUGUCGUUGCUAGGCGACAACCUUUUAAGUGACAUCACUCUGGUCGGCGGCAACGACAGCGGGAUUUUCAUCUCGGCUGUCCAGGCGGGUUCCAUCGCCGAGAAGGUCGGGCUGCGAGAAGGUCACCACCUCCUGUUGCUUGAGGGUUGCAUACGUGGGGAGAGCCAAAGCGUUUCAUUGGAUACCAGCACUCAGGAAGAAGCCCAUUGGACGCUGCAGCACUGCACUGGACCGGUCCAGCUGCACUACCGAGCCAACUACGACUCUUACCGGCGUCUUCAGAGGGAUCUAGCAGAAGGCACACUGGCUUCUGGAGACUCCUUCUACAUACGGGUCAACCUCAACAUCUCUGGCCAAUCGGACAACUGCUCCUUGAGCGUGCGCUGUGAUGAGGUGGUGCACGUCCUGAACACCAGGCACCAGGGCCGCUGCGAGUGGCUGUGCACCCGUGUCGACCCCUUCAGCGGCUCCGACCAGGGCGAGCGCGGCACCAUCCCCAGCAACUCACGAGCCCAGCAGCUGCUCCUGGUAAAGAUUCAGAAGUUGGUUUGUCGAGGGGGGAAAGAGGAAAAUGAAAGCCACCGCAACAGUAGGAGCAAUUUACUGCCAGACGAGGCCGGCCCGUUGCCUGACCCUAAAGCCAGCCCACGCUUGUCCAGAGCCAGCAUCUUCCUCACUCAGAUCAUACAGUUUGUCAGCAGAGUGGAUAUCAAGUACAAGCGAAUGAACAGCAGUGAGCGCGUGAGAAUCAUCAACUCAGGCAGCACGACACUAUCCAGACAAGAUGCUGCUGACCCGGACAACGAGCUGAGCAGGGCUUUGAACCUGAUUCCCUACAGUCCCGUCACCCCCCAGAAGACCCAGAGGAGAAGACCGGUCCUUUUCACUCCCACUGCUCUGGCCAAAACCAUUAUCCAGAAAAUACUUAACAUGGGGGGGGCCAUGGAAUUUAACAUCUGCAAACCAGACACCCUGUCCAAAGAGGAGUUUCAUCUCAAACAGAACGUGGAGCCCUUCAUUCACUACAAAGAGAAACACGCCACGUUCGAAUGCAUCACCCGAGAAAACAUCGAGGCCGUCGCUGUCAAGGGCAAACACUGCCUGCUGGAGGCUGAGCUGAGCUGCGUCAAAGACCUACUACGGCGAGAAAUCUACCCGAUCAUCAUCCAUGUCAAGAUUUGUGAGAAGAAUGUCAAGAAGUUACGGAAGUUGCCUCUGCGUGUGGAGGCGGAGGAGGAGUUUGUGAGGUUGUGUCGGGCCAAAGAGAAGGAGCUGGAGGGCAUUCCCUGCCUCUACGCCAGCCUGGAGCCCGAGUCCUGGGCAGGGACGGAGGACCUCAUCAAGGUCAUCAAAGACCGGAUACUAGAGGAGCAGAAGAAGACGGUCUGGGUGGAGCAGGACCUCCUGUAGACAAACACACACAGACACACACAACAGAACAUGAACACGUGUAGCUGAGCACCAUAAAACACAAAACAAUCCUUGUACAUCAUAUGCUGUUAUGCAUACACCGUAUAUUUAUACUCAGACUCAGCAAUGGACACUCAAAUUGUUUUAGGCUUAAAAUAAAUGCAUUAUAUAUUUUGUAAAUGUGUGCCUUUCCU